AUGGAUGUUCAGCGCGCCAGUACUGGAAAUGCCUACCGUGAACGUUCUGCUGGUGCCUUCGCCUCCUCCAGCGGUCUCGCACUCCUGGGCAACAAUGGAAGGCAGUUCCUGGAGGACAUUGACGACCUCAUCAAACGCAUUCGCACUGUUUUGACGGCCACGGAUGAGAUGCGCAGACACAGUGAUGAUCCAGAACGUCUUAUUGACCUGCAGUACUCACUGGCGAAGUCAUAUGCCAGCAAUCCGGUUCUCCGCAGGUACCUGGUUGGUUAUUUUCACUCUAAAUGUUAUUGCUAUUUUUUGUUAAUCAGUAGUACAGGUGUAUGUUAUUGCAUUCUGUCGCUUCAGAGCUUGGUUGGAGAAACUGGCUGA